CCGCAAAACAAAUGUGGGAAAAAUUGGAGGUCACCUACGAAGGAACCGCGCAGGUUCGGGAGGCCAAAAUCGACCAUCUCACUCACGAGUAUGAACUCUUUUCAAUGAAGGAAAAUGAGAAGAUUGAGGAAAUGUUUGAGAGAUUCUCUAACAUCAUCAAUCCUCUCAAUCUUCUCGGGAAGACAUACACCGACCGAGAGAUCGUGAGAAAGGUGCUGCGAAGCCUAUCCCCCAAAUGGCGUUCAAAGGUGGAUGCAAUCGAAGAAGGUCGUGACUUGCAAACAAUGACCUAUGAUGCUCUUCGAGGUAAUCUUAUUACCUACGAAACCACCCAACUCUUAAAGGUGGUUGAAGAAAGGAACAAGAGGUCUAUUGCUCUAUCCGCAACAACAUCAACCCACAACAAUGUUGAUGAUGAAGAUGAUGACAACGACGACACCGACCUCGGACUCUUUCUCAAGAACGAGAAGGACAAGAGGGCACCGAAGAAGCAACGUGCCUACAAUUCUUGGGAGAACGACGGCUCCGGGAGUGAAGACUCGGAAACGGAGGAAGUGGCCAACUUAUGUCUCAUGGCCAUUGAAGAUGGUGAUACAUCAAAAGAGGGAGACUCGCCAUCUCUCAUUUCCUAUGUUGACGGCAAAACCGUUUUCAUUGACGGUGCCGGUUUGACUUCUCUGUUUGGCCUUCGUCGAGGUGAAAUUACCAAAAACUUGGAUGAAACAUUCCAAGAUGAGGCAAUUUGGCGACAACUCGGGUUAGAUCAUCGUGACCUCAAGUUUAGAAAUUCUAGCAACCCGAGUGUCAUUAACCUCACUUUAAUUCAACGUGUCCAACAAUACAUCUUCUUUUAUGUUUUGUUGCCCCGUGAUUCGAACCAUGGCGUUGUCAACAAGGAUGAUAUUCGUUUGUUUCACGUCCUGUUGAACAAUGUCAAAUUUGAUUGGGUUCACUUCUUUAUCGUUGCACUUAGUGAUGGCACUCGUUUUUCCCAUCUCUGUUUUGCCAUCCCCAUCAUGCAUAUCCUUGCACAUUGCAAAAUAGACCUUACUCCGGACACUCAGGUGCCGGUCAAGAAGACUUGUUUCAUCGCUGAAGCCAAGUUUUCCCGGAUCGUGUACCGUGAGGAGGGCGAUGCUGCACCAAAUCUGGACCUGAUAGUCGCAGACGAAGAAGAGAGCCAAAACGAGACUCAAGCUGAGUCAUCUCGUGCCGGAGGAAGUCGAGCCACGGAGCGCGUCACUCGUCAACGUAGGACUCGUCCAAGAGAAGAAGCACUGGAACCUUCUUGGGUGAAGAGGAUCUUCGAUACUCUCACGUUCAUCCGAGAUGACGUUCGCCAGCUCAACGAGAGGAUGACUCGUUUUGAGCAAUCCCGAUCCUACUGUGGCCCGUGUCACAGCUUUAGCGGAGGAGCUCGUCCGGCAAAACUCUCUUUGAUUGUUUUCCUUCUGUCUUAACUUAAUAUGAUACAUUGUUAUUUGCUAUUGUUGUUGUUAAUGACUCUUUUGAUGAAUGAUUAUGUUGCCAUUAUGUAUUUGUUUGUUGGUUUGGCAAUAUGGUUCUCUUUUAGAACAUAUUGUUGUUAGAAUAAUAGACCAACGCUAGAGGGGGGGUGAAUAGCGUUUGAUCAAGAAAUCGCAGGAAUAAAA